CCGUAAUAAUACGUCAAACUGUCUGCGUGACACGCGCUAUACCAGUGUCGAAUUCAGAAGUUGUUUCAGCGGAGGGGUUUUAAAAUAAAAAAAACAUAUUUAUGUGAUGUGAUCAUAUUCGUCGUUCACUUAUUUCGUUUGUCGUUCUCUCGGGCUCGGGUCCAUGUGCAUGCCGUACGCGUUUAAGCAGGUGGGCGUGGUCACCGGCUUGUUGUUGAGCUUUAUCGCCGGAUUGACAUUUACAUACUCCUUUAUCCUCUUGUGCCGUCUUAGGUAUAAAAUAUGUCAAAUACACCGAGUGUCGACAGUGCCGUUUCAAAACAUGAUCGAGUACGGCUUGGAACAUGGCCCGAGAGUAAUCAGACAUUUUUCAACAUUUUUCAGGUUUAUGUUUAUCGUCAUGAACCUGACGUUGAAUUUCGGAAAGAGUUGUCUGUACACGAAAUUCGCGUCGUUGGCAAUUCAAGAGUUGUUUACCGAAAUGGGACUUGCCGUGAAUCUUUUGAGUGUUUCUCUGAGCUACGAAGUCGUGUGCUUGUCGUUCCUGCUAUUACCGUAUACCGAACAUAUGAAACCGAUAUACAUCCUUAGCCGUAUUGUAUGUACUGUUUUACUGUGCUUCACCUGCUACAUUAUAUUCAAAUCGGACAUGCAUAUUGACAGUCAAACGUUGAGUUGUGGCGAUUGGACGGACGUUUUCCAACUCUUUGGAACCCUUUUGUUCUCUAUCAUACCUGUUGUCCAGGUAGAUAUAUAA